AUGAGUCUGGAUUCUUUGUUCCAGCACAUCAUAUUCUCCGAGCACCAGGCGGAGGAGAGUCGCCGCUUGAUGCGGGAAGUAAGGUCAGAAAUAAACAGAUGUCGUGAGAAAAUCCAGAGAGCAGCAGAGCAGCUGAAUGAAGAGAAAAUUCAGUUGGAAUCUAAGGUUCAGCAGUUUUCUGAAAAAGCCUUCUUCUUACAGCUUUUGAAAACGCAUGAAAAUGCCUUAGAAAGACAGUGCAAUGAAAUUACAAACCAAAGGAAUAUGCUUCUCCAAACCUUUGAGGCUACAAAGAGAAGAGUUACAGAGGAGGAAGAAAAAUUUAUUAAGGAAAUUACAGACUUCAAUAAUGAAUAUGAAUUAACAAAGAAACGAGAGCUCUUGAUGAAACAAAAUGUCAAGAUUCAAAUAUCUGACUUAGAAAACCAGGCAAACAUUCUUAAAAUGGAAAUGAAAUCAAUGGAACAUGAUAGUGACCUGUUAAAUGAACUUCAAAAACAAAAGAGUGAAUUAAUACAAGAAUUAUUUACUUUGCAGAGGAAGCUUAAAGGUUUUGAAGAUAAAAAAAAUGGAGCCAUUUGUACUACUAAAUACCUAGAGGCAGAAAAAAUAAAAAUCAGUGAAAAACCUCAAAAUGAUGCUGAAUGCUUAAGACUUAAAAAAGAAUUAGAACUUUAUAAGGAAGAUGACAUGCAAAGUGUUUAUGAUGCUCUCCAAUCAGAAAUAGAAUUUUUGGAGUUGACAUUGGCACAGAAAGAUCAUCAGGAAACAAAUAACUUGCAAAAAAUUUCAAGAUUUUACAUGAUUUUUAAAAAACCAACUCAGAUGUUUGGAAUUUGGAUUGCUGCACUUUUAUUCUUUGACAAAUCACCAGGGGAAGAAGUUUGCUAUGAAAGGGUGGGAUGCUUUAAAGAUGGUCUGCCAUGGACUGGGACCUUCUCAAGACAGUUUGCAGGGCUACCCUGGUCUCCAGAAAAGAUAAACACUCGCUUUCUGCUCUACACUAGACAGAAUCCCAAAGUCCAUCAGGAAGUCAGUGCAGUUAAUUAUUUAACUAUCCAAGCCUCACACUUCGCAACAGAGAAGAUCACACGUAUCAACAUACCUGGAUGGAAAUCAGACGGCAAAUGGCAGCAAGACAUGUGCAAUGUACUGCUAAAAGUAGAAGAUGUGAACUGCAUUAAUUUAGACUGGAUUAACGGUUCACUGCAAUAUAUCCACGCUGUAAACAAUCUCCGCGUUGUUGGUGCUGAGGUGGCUUAUUUUAUUGAUGUUCUUGUGAAAAAGUUUGGAUAUUCCGCUUCUAAAGUACACUUGAUUGGCCACAGCUUGGGAGCUCAUCUGGCUGGGGAAGCUGGGUCAAGGACGCCAGGCCUGGGAAGGAUAACUGGGUUGGACCCAGCAGGGCCGUGUUUCCAUGACACUCCAAAUGAAGUCAGGCUGGAUCCCUCAGACGCCAACUUCGUUGAUGUUAUCCAUACAAAUGCGGUGCGCCUCUUCUUUGAGCUUGGUGCUGGAACUAUUAAUGCUUGUGGUCACCUUGACUUUUACCCAAAUGGAGGGAAGCACAUGCCAGGAUGUGAAGAUUUAAUUACACCUUUAUUUAAAUUUGAUCUCAAUAUUUACAAGGAAGAAGUGUUUUCCUUCUUUGAUUGCAACCAUGCCCGAAGUCAUCGCUUUUAUGCUGAAAGCAUUCUCAAUCCUGAUGCAUUUAUUGCUUAUCCUUGUAGAUCCUACAAAUCUUUUAAAGCAGGAACUUGCUUCCAUUGUCCCAAGGAAGGUUGCCCAACAAUGGGUCAUUUUGCUGAUAGAUUUCACCUAAAAAAAAUGAAGCCUAAUAGAUUAUAUUAUUUUUUAAACACAGGGACUCUUGCGCCAUUUGCCCGUUGGAGGCACAAACUGUCUGUCAAACUUGAUGGCAACAGUGUCACUCAAGGAAGUAUAUUUCUCCGUGUAGGUGGAAUGACUGGGAAGACCAGGGAGUUUGAGUUUGUCAGUGGAACACUGAAGCCAGGCAUGACUUAUACAGAUUUAAUUGAUGCAGACAUUAAUGUUGGAAACAUUACAAGCAUUGAGUUCAUUUGGAAGGAGUAUUCAUUUGAACAUUCUCAGAGUAAGCUGGGAGCAGAAAUGGUGAUAGAUAUAUCUGGAAAAUAUGGAUAUAAGUCUGCUUUCUGUAGCCAAAACAUCGUAGGACCUAAUAUUGCCCAGAUCCUGAAACCAUGCUAA